AUUUCUUUUAAUAUUCUUUGAUUGGAGACAUUGUGCAGGGUAUGGAUUUUAUGGCGGGCCCACAAUGAAAACACCAGAGUCGACUGACAUCAUUGAUGCCCACAACUUAACAUCAUGGAUCUCAAACUACACUACACGAGCCAUGCUGAUGCAGUACCUUGUUCUUUGUCCGGAACAAGAUAUGUGUCAGGGACAAAGUCUAAGAAGAAGUUACGUCUUUGAUGUAGAAAUGACCAGAAGUUGUACGCCCUGCGACUGCGAUGCAUCUUGUAUAAGAAAAUCCUCUUGUUGUCCCUCAAAGCUUUUGCUUAUGGAAAAUAGCUUAGAUCCGAUCGAACAACUGGAACAAAACAAAACGGUUUCUCUUAGUUGUUCAUUGCCUUUUUUGAAUAUACAUUCCGAUUUUCAGGAACAGUCGUACUGGAUGGUCGAUAGCUGUCCAGAUGGAAAAGUAUGUAUCCCAUCUAAAAGCCAAUCUAUAAACAUGUCCCUCUUCACCCCGGUGACCUCUCUUUUGACCAACGAGACAUACCGGUAUCUUCAAUGUGCGCUUUGCAAUGAUGAAAAUAUUUCCGACCUACUGUUUUGGAAACAGGACAAGAUCGUUUGCACGUCGCGGUCUUAUCUUUUGUCGUUGGUUUUGACUGUCGAUGCUAUCUAUCAGAAGAUAUUUGAUGGACUUUCGCCAUGCAAUAUUUUGUUUUAUCCACCAAACACAAUAAGAGAAUUGGUGACUCCCUGUAUUUAUACAACAGGCGUUACUUGCAACCAAACAGGAUCUCUCGACGGAAACUCAUCGUACCUUAUUCAGGCAUGCAAGGACUAUUACCUACCUUUCAUUACAAACUACAAAACAUAUAGAAAUAUAUUCUGCGCUCUCUGCUUUUCUAUGUCCUUGUUAGAAUUACCAAUUGAAAAUAAAGAAGGCAGUGGUUACGGGGGGUCCAAAGAUUUUCCACUCUUCUCAGCUUUAAUAAAUUUCAACAAAAAGAGAUCCGUCGAGGAAUUUCAGAAUGACGUACAAUGUGGUCAUGGACAAAUAUUUCAUAAAGAGUUGAAGACCUGUUUUGCUUUGACCUGUGAGCAGGAAUACGAAUACACUCAUCACCCACCUGAACCACCAUCUUGCCAAUCAUCUUUUUCCAGAUGGGAAGAAAACAGCUACGAGAUCAAUUUGAUUUUUGAAAAAAUCGGUGGACACAAUAGUUCAGCUUUCCUUUCAGUUGGAUUGCUUUUGGAAACCCAUUUAGAAAACAAAUUGCUUACGAAUAAUCUUAGCGACUAUUUAUGCUCUCUGAAUAUAUUUGUACUUGACGAACGAACAGAUACAGAGCAAUUCGGUGCACUUAUUGAAUUAACUCUGAAUCGUGUUCACAGUCUUAACGACAUGAUUGAAUACUUGUUAAAUCUUUUUGCAAAAGACAAAGAAGUUGUUCUUGAGGAUACCUAUUUGGGCUUAAACAUAACUUUUACAAGUUUUUUAAUUGGACAAAGAUUUAUUUUGUACGAGGAAGACAGAUAUUUGUCCCUUUUUGCCCGCCAUUAUGUUCAUCCAAUAAGUUAUCGAACAAAAUCUUCUUUAGCUUUUAUUAAUAUGGCAUCGACUCGGAUUUUCUGUUUAAAGUCUCUCUCCACAGUGGUUGUUGCCGACUGGUAUACUUGUCCCAGAGUCAGGAUCAGUACGGAAAAUACUCUGAUAAGUUUGAAAAACUACUCUUUGUGUCUUCCAGAACUGAACACUUGUAUUCCUUCUAGGUACUUUAAGAAAUCUACAAGUAAUCUUCAGUAUGACAUCUGUUUGGAUUGGUUCAAUCGAGCUCAAGUAACUGCCUCCAAGCCAUCUGCAGAUUUAGAAGAGAGUAAAUAUUUGUCAUUGGUUUGUCUUUCCCUUUCUACAGCAGGGUCCGUCUUGACGAUCAUAUCUUACAUUGUCAAAUCAAAUCCGUUGGUUUCUCCAGGAUCUCACAUCGUUGUUUUGUCCUUCUUUAUAACAUUUGCAAAUAUUAUAUACACAAUUUCUAAGUUUUUCCUUUGGAGCAAAUCUGUAUGCAUAACCGCAGGUGUCUUCGUUCAUUUCUUUUGGUUAUCUUCGAUGUUUUGGAUGAGUCUCUCUUCCUUCAAGAUCUUUCAGACUUUUACUGACAUUGCCACCUUUCGAAAAAAAUCCAAAGUUUCUACUCUCUUGUUGGUAAAUUUCUUCUUCUGUUUGUUUUUUAUUGGUGUCAACAUAUCUGUAAGCUUCUACUCUAGCGGUGGUAACAGUUUUGGGUAUUCUACUUCAACGUGUUACAUUGCCGAUCCGAACAUGAUCCUUUACACGUUUGCUCUACCUGUUGGUAUUACCGUCAUUAUCAACACAUUUAUGUUUUUUGUUACGAUCAAAAAGAUUUUUCAAAAGGAAGACGUUCGCAAGUCAAGGGAACAGCAGAGAGUCAGUGCUUACUUCCGGUUAUCCACUUUGACUGGUGCGUCCUGGUGUUUUGGUUUUCUUGCUCAGAUUACCCACCUACAAGUGUUUUCGUUUUUGCAUACAGUUUUCAGCGGGGGUCAGGGCGUUCUUCUUUACUUUACCUUUGGAAUUCCCUUGUGGGUAAAUUGUAAAACCGAUAAUAAACGAAACAUGUCCAGUAAUUAACAAUAGAACAUAGGUGCAGUACUCAUCACUAUUAUACAGUUGAAACAUUUGAAUCCUUGUCAAUCUGGCGGCGUGAUGCAUGUAAAUAAGUUUCCUACAAAGUGUUGGCUGUCAGUUUUGAAUCUAACAUUACUAGGUAUGUUGUCACACUAGCAUUGUUUUUGUCCUAGAUGAAAUACCCGGUAUUUAUUUCCUAGAUGAUAUAUAGACUGUAGUUUUUUAUAAUGAAUACUUCCUUUAAUACUUGCUGGUUUGUUUGUUAUUUGUUGUUAUUUGAUGUUAUUCGCGUAUCAAAUGUGUUUUAUGUGGUGCUUUAACAUUUUUUAAAUUCUAAAUUAUAAACGUACGAAAUGUUGAUUAAUUAGUAAACCAUCCAAUGUAUCAUAUCGUAAUUUAAAGUAGAUCCAGUGUUCUGUGAUGUCAUACUAUUUUGUAAAACUUUGAGUUCUUUAAAAUUUGUGCAAGAUGUAUUAUUUUUUUUUUAUGUAAAUAUGAUCACAUAGAUGUAAUUAGAAAUACUGUUAAGUUCAAGAUAUUUUCGCAGCUUAAUUUUAUCCUAAAUUCCCAAUUUUUUAUACAUUUUAUCGAUGCUAAGGGGAAAUAACUCUUUUUCUGACUUUUCUUUCAGUUGUAUGUCUAAAUGCUAUAGUUUUUUUUUAUCCCAACGAUUAAUUUUAAAAUAUAGUUUUCUGAUAAAGUUGACAUUAAAAUUAAACAAGAUAUACAAAUUUCUGCCUGCAAAAUUUUUACUUUUAAGCAAAAAAAUACGGUUUUCUGAUGCUAAAAUAUGCUUUAGUUUAUGUUAAUCUGGCAUCUCAAAAAGUAUGAUGACAUGUAUAUUUUUUCUAACAAUUGAUGAAAUUUAAGUCUAUUAAGUUGCAAUCAGUUCGGUUUUUUCAACUUUCAUCAAAGAAUUUUACGAGUAUGGAGUUACCUUAAAAUCUUUUGUCAGUUACGGCAAUAUUAGCUGACUUUUCUUGUACAAUUUGAACUUUUAUCUAUAAUAAGUUCAGUUUAUAAUUAAAAUUAGUUUUGUUUCUGCAAUUUGGUGCCCACAUUUUAUAUUUCAUGCAUAAUUCAUUUGCUUUUCAUCAUUCAUGUCGUUUUAU